GUUCUAUCAGUUGCCACUGAAACAGUAACCGUUGUUUCUAUCUAGGUCGAAUUAAAAAGAUGUGAACCUGUUAUGUGACUGUCAAUAGCUGGACUGUAGUGUUGUAAUGGACUCUGGUGUUAAAGUAGUGACGUCACCAUGCAUACGAUGGACACCAUGAGCUAUGGCCACAAAAAAUACCGGCCUCCGCUGUCGCCCACCAACUUCUACCAGCAUGACUACUACUCCAGGCACACCACACUCCGUCCUCAGAGUGAAUACAGGUUUGCCGGCGGAGGGUACCCCCAUACUAGCAGCGGUGGCAGUCGCAGUGGGGGGUUAUGCUCGGCCGCGCUGGUUGGGGGCGCGCUGCUAGCGGCCGUGGCGGUAUUGGCGGUCGCGGCGCUCGCCUUCUACAUGGGGGCGCUAAGGCCGGAUAACGGAGAACCUAUGAUGGCCUUCGAGGGUACACUACGAGUAACCAGAGGUGACGUGUACGGCGGAGCGCCGGGCAGUCCGGCGUGGCGCGAGCGGGCGCGCCGCUACGGGACCGCUCUGCGACAGGUGUACGCCGCGCCAUCACCACUGCGGCAGGCCUUUGCCGGGGCCAUUGUCACUGGCUUCGGCGACAGAAGACUUGAUGUACAUUUCAAGUUAUACCUGGAUAGAAGAAAAAUACCUAGUACUGUUUCAAAUAUUGAAGAAACUCUUAAGAACAUUUUAAUACAAGAUAUUUUAUCAAAACACCCGGCAUUCGGUCCAACAAUAAAAGUAGAUACAUCUAGCAUUGUGAUAAAGCGAGAUUUAGAGCACACUUAUCAUUCAGAAUCAUUUGUGAAAGAAGCCAUGAAUGAAAGCAUGGCUACAAAUUAUCCAAAAUCUCUCUCACCUCAAAAUUCUAAGGAAAAACCAACUCAGACUAGGGUUGGAGUAGUUCGAAAAACAACCGUUAAACCUGGAAAGAAAGGUGAUCUAGAUGAACCUGAGAUUGAUACAGAAAAUAUUCCUGUAGUGCAAGGGUCUUUCCAAAUUACCAAAACUGAAGCGGAUAUAACAGAAAAUAAACAACAAUCUAGUAGCUCUAUACGACAUGAUGAAAAAACGAGUCAUAGAGGAACUAUUUCAAAAACAAGUACAACUACAAGAGUACCAAGUAUGAAACAAACAACGACUAAAAUAACCACAAAAAAGCCCUCUCCCACGACAAUGAAAUCUCGGCCCUUCACUGUUACUUCUUCGUUUAGUAUGAAAACAAGAACAGAACCGGCACCAAAAAAAGAUAUUAGUACCAAAAUUACACCCUCUACCUUGGAUCCCGUAUCAACUACAACUAUGACUACAACAAAUAAUGUAUCACAAAUAUUACUAGAUCUAUUAACAAAUGAAAAUCAUGACAAAGAUUUACCAAAAAUUGAUACUUUAUUCACAGUCCCCCAUGUGGACAUAGAUAAUGAACCAUGGCGCCCGAUAACAAGACCAUACUAUGAAACAACAAGUAUUCAAACUCCUCAUCAUGAGGAAUCAAAUGAACAAAACGCUGAAGACAGAAUUGGGGUUGCUGAGGUUGUAGAAGAUAUAUCGGCAUUGGAAAGUAUGUUAACUCCCAUACCUCCCGUGAAGAAUAGAGAGAAAACAACUCGCAAACCGAUAGGACCUCAUAGUGUAGAUCCAAAUUUAGCUGCCCAUGUGUAUGUACCCAGCCCGGUAUAUACAAGUUUUACUCUACCUACAUAUGCGCCACCACUUAAGAAUAUGGAAACAUUAGGAUCUGGGUAUGUCAAACCCCACCCGAUACCUGUUGAUAAAAUAAGUUCAGUUGUUGAAGUUUCAUCAGAUAAUUUAAAUGACGAAGAUGAUGGAAAGCCAGUUGAAAGACCACCAAAAGAGAAGACAACAUCUGCCGUAUUAAAUGUUAACCUUGAUCAUUUAGAUAAUAAUACAAAAGAAAUUUCUAUUGAAGGCGCAUCAAUAUUAAAGAAGAAUAAUAUAACCAUUGCACCUAGUAUAAUUUCUACAAGUACAUCUAGUGCAACAGAUUCUAUUGUAAGUAUUAAAAAUACAGAAAGUUCUAGCUACACCACUAGUCUUGGUAUUACUUUAACAAGUACAAGCCAUGCUUCUUAUCCUACAAGUACAACGACCACAACAACAGUAAAACAAACGUCACCAAGUGACACAUUACAGGGCAAAGAUGGUGAAGAUGAACUUCCGAAUAUUGAAAUAGAAGAAAGUGAUUACAUCAAAAAUCACAAUAAUAAUGAUUCAAAGCAACAUGUUACAAGGCGUCCAAAUAAUAAAGUAUCUAUUAUUCCCACAACUGCUUCACCUCACCACACUUGGGAACUAGUUAAUACUUCUACUAACAAAAAUGAUACAUUUAGUAAAACAUCUCCAGAGAAAUAUUACAACGACACCUUACAAGCGAUAAUAACAAAAAAUGAUGUUGUUAUAUCAAAUACAACGCCACGUUUUCCUAGUAAAAUUUCCUUACUCCGAAAUUUAACCGAAAUUAUAAAAAGGUAUUCACCAAAUACAACUGAAAAAUCUGUAAAAGAAUUAAACAAUGAAGCAAUUAAUAACCAAGGCACUAAUAUAAAGGGAACAGGAUCCGUUGAAGUUGUGCCUGAUGAAACUUUACCAACUACGACGGCAGCCGUUAUCACUCUUCUACCAGCAAAAUCAAAUUUGGGAGUUAAUCGACCCUUAAGACCCAGACCAAAAAUAAAUAUAGAAUCCCAGACUUCAAAAGAAAACCUGCGUAGUUUUUUCCGUAAUGACCCAGAAACACAAAAAAUAAUAAAUGAAUUAAGCACAGAACACUAUGCGCAGAUAAUGAAAGUUUCACCAAGAGCAGAUGACUCCCUUCCAAGUUCUACGAUUAAUGAAGAAAAAGUUACUGAGGAACGAAUGGUUAUUGCAACAGCUACAGAAAAUUCAAAAGUUACUGAUUCAACCGUAUUUGUACCGAGCAAUAACCGAUUUCCUAAAUCUAGCGACGAUUUAAAUGAAUCGGACAAUAAUAGUGUCACAUCAGAACUCGAAAGAUUAAAUAACGAUUCAUAUGUGCCAAAUGGUACAUAUAGAGUUUCUUAUCAUGUCACAGGGAGUGUUAGUACGAAACAAGCAAAUAAAACUCAACACUUACCAGCUUAUGAAUUAGCCUUAGAACCUGAUGUUGUUUUAGAAAUACCACUUAAUCAGUCAAGUAGCCUAACUAUAGAUAAAUUAAAACAAUUGGCGAAUCUGGCUACAAUAUCAGAUUCUAAUAAUAAUACUCUAUUUCGAGCUCCUGGUGGGGUCAUUUCUACAAAAGCGAUUCCUUCCAGUUAUACUUUAAAUCAAGCUGGAUUUAAAAUUCUAACAAAAACAUACAAUAAAGUUCAUAACAUAAAAGACGAAAAUAGUCUAGACAAACCUGAAAAUUUUUAUAACAAACCGGUCAAGCCCCAAAAAGAAAAUGGCGAAGAAAAGGAUAUCAAAGAAGAGGAAUGUCUGAACGAAACAUCAUUUCGAUGCAACUCUGGUGCCUGUUUGCCAUUAACGUCUCGCUGCAAUCGACUUCUUGAUUGUCCUGGAGGUGAAGACGAGCACGCUUGUACUUGUGCUGACUAUCUGAGGGCUGAAUUCUCCCAAGCUAAAAUUUGCGAUGGUAUUGUGGACUGCUGGGACUAUUCAGAUGAAAAUAAAUGCGACUGGUGUCAAGAAGGCCAGUAUGUUUGUUCCAAUGCACAGCAGUGUAUUGAAAUGGCAAAGGUUUGUGACGGUACACCCGAUUGCCCGCUUGGUGAUGAUGAAAAGAGCUGUGUAGCAUUGGCCGAAGAAUUAGAAGAUAAUGAGGUGAUCCCUUAUAAUGAAGAAGGAUACGUCAUGGUGCGGAAGAAAGGAGUUUGGGGUCGGCUCUGCGUGGAGAGUUUUGAUGAUGUGGUAACACAGGCCCACUCAUCACUCAAAUUACCUGAUCUUGGCAAAGCCGUCUGCCGAGCUAUGACAUUUCACGAUUCUCCAUGGGCCCGAGAAGCCCGCGAGGGGCGCACAGCGAGCUCCGCUGGUUACUGGGAAGUGUGGCACAACACUGCGGCGCGCGCGUCCGACACCAGGCUGUCUUUCAGGAGGACCUCGUGCUCGCGACGCCGGGCUCUCCGCGUGCGCUGCACAGACCUCGACUGCGGAAUCAGGCCGCAUGCUGAUGCACAGCAACCUAGGGUGGUGGGCGGCGGCGGCGCGGCAGCGGGUGCGUGGCCAUGGCAGGCGGCGCUGUACCGCGACGGAGACUUCCAGUGCGGCGCUACCCUCGUCUCUGAACAAUGGCUGCUCUCCGCCAGUCACUGUUUUUACCAAGCAACAGAAGCUCAUUGGGUAGCUCGGCUUGGCGCUCUUCGUCGCGGGGCAUGGCCACGAGGGCCUUGGGAGCGAGUAGCGCGAGUUCGUCAAGUCAUAAUCCACCCACGCUACCAGCCGCGGGGUUUCCGCAACGACAUCGCCCUGCUUAAAGUGGACCCGUUGUCACUGCACGCGAGACUGCGGCCAGCGUGUCUACCCCCACUCCGAAGCCAGCCUCCAGCAGGACAUUACUGUACGGUCGUCGGCUGGGGACAGCUCUAUGAACACGAGAGAGUUUUCCCGGACACGUUGCAAGAAGUGGAAUUGCCGGUGAUAUCGACAGCGGAAUGCCGGCGUCGCACGCGCCUUCUGCCGCUAUACCGAGUCACUGACGACAUGUUCUGCGCAGGCUAUGAGCGCGGCGGACGCGACGCCUGUCUCGGGGACUCUGGAGGACCGCUCAUGUGCCAGGAGUCUGGCAGAUGGUACAUUUAUGGCGUGACAAGCAACGGGUACGGCUGCGCUCGCGCCAACCGACCCGGUGUCUACACCAAGGUGUCCAACUACAUCGACUGGAUCGACAGCGUAAUCGCCACUUACACGCCUCCCCGCAACGAAACCAUCACCAGUGCUGAAUACACCUCCGACGAAGACUUCUACGCUGAUCUAGAAGCAGCUGAAAACAAGAGAAAUCUAAAAGAGUCCUCCAUCAAAUCGGAUACCUGUAAAGGCUUCCGAUGCCCGUUAGGUGAAUGCCUACCCGCCUCGAGCAAAUGUAACGGCUUUCUAGAAUGUUCCGACGGCAGCGACGAGUGGCACUGCAGUAGACACACGCUCAACUCCAGCAUCAACGAACCAGAUUAAUAAUAGAAAAUAAUUAAAUUACCUGUAAGCCAGUACUUAGGUCAUAGAAUAUUUUUCUGAAUUCGACUGAUACCUUUAAGUAGAUUUAAGAUAAUUGACUCUCAAUGGAAUCAUACAUUAUAAAUGUGAAUCAUAUCAGUUCAGCCUCCAGACUUUUGCCAUAGCUGAAGAAAAUGAGGGCUUUGUUUGUAUAUAUAGCUAUAUUUAUGCCCAAUCGUUGAUUUUACCACUACAUAUUUACAGCUAAAAUUAUUUAUUGAAGUUCAUGGGUGGCCUUUUCCG